AUGUUCAGGCUCUAUUCUACAGCGGCUUUAGGUAAUCUCGCCUUGCGCGGUUGCUCAUCUUUGUGCUCACUUUUCCGGUAUUGGCGUGUCUAUCGCGCUGCACCUGUCAACCAGCCCCUCCGACGGACCUUCCCCGUACCCUUGGAGAAUGGAGAAAGAACACCAAACGGUAAUCCUCGUCUUCGUGACUAUACAUAUCUUUCUGACUAUCCGGGUCAACCGACAAGAUUCUACGGAUUAGAGCAAGACUCAUUUCGAGGAAGAAGCCAUGCCCUUCCCGUCUUUCAGGAACUCAAGCACGAAGGACUCACAUUCGUUUUCUAUGACCUGGGAGAGAUUCUUGAUUUCGUUCUUCAGGUUUCUGAGGGCUUGGCUUUCUGCCAUGAGAGACUUGUUGCCCAUCUGGACGUCUCUUAUGACAACAUCCUUGUUAACUUUGCUGGGGCCAACAAUUCCCCAAAGACUUCCGCUUUUGGGAGCAAGCAGCUCCUCUCAGAUUCCAAUUUUCCAGUCCGCUAUUAUAUGAACGAUUUUGAGCACGCUGCAGUCUUCUCCGAGGAUUCCAAGCCAUCCGAACGGACAAUAACCGGGCUUCCAAAUGCACGCUGGAACGGCAAAAAGGAAUAUUUUACACGACGUGUCCUGCCCGAAAUGGGAAAUGCGGAGCCAUAUUGCCCAUUCCGAGCUGACGUGUGGUCCCUUGGUGGCGUCUUUCAAAGGUGCCUUGGAGAGCAUCUCCUUCAAUUUUCGAAGAAGCAUAUGGUCGAACCUAAGCUGUGGGAUGAUGAAGUGGAGCUACAUCGCAUGGAGAUUCCUACUCAACGCCCACUCAUGACGGAAGUAUAUGAAACACUGAAAACCAUCAUUCGCGAGACUGACCAGGCAGCCCAAGAGCAUGACAUCGGCAUUUAUCUUCCACGAGACGAUACCCCGACGUCAUGA